GUGGAAGAGUAUGGUUUCUAAAGAGACAAACUACCCUGGUGCCUGAAUGUUUAUAGCAGCUCUUCAGGACAGAAAAUGCAAAACUACAGAGACAGUGAUUAAUUUAAUAUUGCAGCCAUGGAAGACAACUCAAGCUUUUGGGACAGCUUGGUAUUUUCACACCCAAUCUGCAUGAACUGGAAGUCAGAAACCGAAGGAUCGAUCUAUCAUUUAUCUAGCAUUUUGUUUGUGGUUGGCUUUAUGGGCGGAAGUGGCUUUUUUGGCCUGCUCUAUAUUUUCUUUCUGCUGGGGCUGGGCUUUCUCUGCUCAUCUGUGUGGUCAUGGCUGGAUGUCUGUGCAGCUGAUAUUUUCUCAUGGAAUUUUAUCCUGUUUGUGAUCUGCUUCGUACAGUUUAUUUAUGUAACCUACCAAAUACGGAGUGUUGCUUUUGACAAAGAAUUUCAGGAGCUUUACAAUGCUUUGUUCCAGCCUUUGGGGAUCUCCUUGCCUGUUUUUAGAAAUAUUGUCCUUUGCUGUGGUGGAGAAGUUAUUACAUUAGAGAAGGAACAUUGCUAUGCCAUGCAAGGCAAAACUCCAAUUGACAAGCUCUCCUUACUUUUGUCAGGAAGAGUUAGCGUGACGGUGGAUGGGGAAUUUCUGCAUUAUAUUUUCCCUCUUCAAUUUCUGGAUUCACCUGAAUGGGAUUCACUAAGACCCACAGAAGAUGGCAUUUUUCAGGUAACCCUUACGGCUGAAACAGAUUGUCAUUAUGUGGCAUGGAGGAGAAAAAAACUAUAUUUACUCUUUGCAAAACACCGAUUCAUCUCACGUCUGUUUUCAAUCCUGAUUGGAAAUGAUAUUGCUGAUAAACUCUAUGCAUUGAACGACAGAGUGAGCCAAGGGAAAGGAUUUCGAUAUGAUAUUCGGCUACCAAAUUACUAUCAUGUAUCAGCACCCAACACACCCCAAAAAAAAUCUGCACACCAUUUUCAGAACAAUUCAAGAAAACAGUAA